AGGCUCGGUUGGGCUGAAAAAACUAGUGCAUAAACGUCAGUCUGAUACUGAAAAAACUCGUAAUAGUGGAAAAAAUAAUAACUAAACGUUGUUUAUGGGAUCUUCAUCGAUGGAGAGACCCGGGAUUUGAGGGAUUUCUCGUGGAAUCGUGAAAAAGUCGGGUUUGGGAGUAAAUAUGGAAGUGGAAAGUGUACUCAUAUGUCGGGCAUGCAUGAAAGCUGACGGGAUUUUCUUGUCCAUGUACGAGGAUGACCAGAAAAAACUGUCGGAGAAAUUGGCUGAAAUCACGAAUAUUCAGAUUGAAAAAGACGACGGUCUACCAACAGUUCUCUGUCCAAAAUGUGCCUACCGAACGGAUGCAUUCUACGACUUCAAGCAUCAAGUCCAAGACUCCCAGAAAAAACUCCGAAGGAUGUUCUCACUGGAGGCAGAUCCCGCGCCUCCCGCCGAUAAAAAUCCCCCAACCUGGAGAGACUCCCCAACCCCUCCAAAGUCCGUAUACAUUCUCCCGUCAAUCCCGCCCUGUUCCCCCCAGCAAAUCGAAAAAAUCUCAAUCGACGCGACUUACGCACCCCCUGAGGACUCACCAGAGGACCCCCACGGAGAAAUAAAAUUCAUUCCAGACCCGAACGACCUAGAACCAGUGGAAACCUUCGACGAGCUCUUCAGUCAGACCCCACCCGAGUUCUCCAUCGACGACAAAGAGCUGAUCCAGAAGGAAGAAAUCCCCAGUGAGCUCCAGGACAUCCUGGAGUCUGAGGAUGUCGGGUACACGCUGCUCUACAUCCCCCCUAACGACGUGGAGCUGGAUCUUCGAGGAGACGAAGAACCCGACGAUCCAGGGGACGACCUACUCGAGCCUGGAAUUUGUGAUUCUCUGAUUCCCGAGGCGAUUCUCCCCCAGCCCCCCCACCAAUCCGACUCUCCAAUCCCCAUGGCCUGCGAUAAAUCAGACUCUGACUCUGACGACUGCCUGGAGCCGCCCUUAACCCUGCUGGGUAGCCUGAACGACACAGUGGUCAGAGUAAAAGAACUGAAGACUGACGCAGGAGGGACGAUCUACCAGUGCAGCCUCUGCAUGGAGAACUACGACCAACUGACGAGUAUUCUCUUUCACACAGUGGACAACCACAUCCCCACGACAGGACCGUUCUUCUGUGUGGUCUGCGAAAAGGACUGUGACUCCCAGAAGGAGCUGCGAAGCCACGUGAAGACGCACACAGGGUCGAACCCCUACACCUGUUUCCUCUGCGAGAAAGCGUACUCCAGUAAGAGAUACCUGAAACGACACAUGGUGUGUCACACGGAUUACCGAAAGCACAGGUGCCCAAAGUGUGGAUUGAGAUUUCAAGUGAAGUCUGAAUUGGAGAUUCAUGCCACGACCCACCUCCAUGGGGCGCCAUACGUCUGCAGCCAGUGUCCCAGGAUUUUCAAUCACAAGGGGAACUACAAGAGGCAUUUGAUAUCGCAUUUGGAUCCUCAGGGGGUCCGACUGCCCAAGUAUCCCUGUCACAUGUGUGGAAAACGAUUUUUGAAUAAUAGAACUUUGCAGACGCACAUCAGGGUGCACACCGGGGAGAAACCGUUUACUUGUCAAGUUUGUAAUAGGUCUUUCUCCCAGCAGGGGAAUCUGCUGAAUCACAUGAGGAUCCACUCGAACCCCAGGAGCUACUCCUGCGAAGUCUGCGGGAAGAGGUUCAAUCAGAGGGCGACUCUGAGGGAUCAUGCGCUCCUUCAUACUGGGGAAAAACCGUAUGUUUGUAAUGUUUGUGGGGUGGCGUUCACUUUUUCGGCGGCUUUGAGACGACACAUGUGGGUGCAUGCUGGGGACAAACCGUUUGGAUGCAACUUCUGUGAGUCGAGAUUCGUGGGGAGAUAUGAUCUGAAUCGUCAUAUGAAGAUUCAUAGUGAUAGGCCGAGGCAGAAGAGACGGAGGAAGGAUCAGAUGCAGCAGGAGGAUGCGGGGGAUUCAGUGGGGAGUGAUCCACUCAUUGCUGAACAGAUUAUUCCUGUUGUGGAGACUACUUUCGUCGAGCAUGUGCUCAUGGGUGAUGACGCUGGGCACAUUGCUCCGAGGGAGGCUGAGAAGGAAAAUGUGGAUGCAUUGUUCAAUCUUAUUCCGUACAGUUGAAGGGGUUGAUGAGGAUUUGAGGAUUUUUAUGGUUGUGUAUAUAAUUUGUAAAUAUCUUUGGGUUGAGAGAAUUAAAAAUUUAAGAGAUU